CCUUUAAGUUCUUGACGCAUUCACGUGUAUGCAACAUGUUAUUGUUAUACCUAACCAUGAAGUUACAGCCGCUGCCUGGUUUGGUAGUUUAAAGAAAAGCAAAUCACCACAUUUAUAGGCUACCUUAGUCUAUCUGAAGUUACUUUCUACCUGUGGUUAGGUUUCUCUGUAGCUCACAGCUGGAAAUUUGAGAAGUUUUAAGCGACCUAAAAGAGGAAAUUAAAGCAAGCUUAUACAUUAGGCUUUAUAAUAAGCAACUUUUUACUUUAUACUGUUACAAAUUUGAUUACAACGUGAUUUAAAACUUGAAAGGUGGUUAUCAGCUGACGCCCAAAUCAAACAACUGAAAACUAGCAGAGCAGAAACCUUUUUUUUUUCCCCUCUCAGCUCUGACCUCUGAUGUCCGUGUUACUUCCGUGUUCCGCUCACCUGUUACACCUGUAUUACAGCACUGUACCGUAAGUGCGACUCCUGCUCUGCCGGGUGCACCUGUUGCCUCACUGUGCCAUGAGCGAGGACUUCAUAACGUGUGAGUUAACAUGUUCGUCUCCAUCGGCUGACCCGGAGGACGCUUUAAACGCGGUGGAAACCGGGCCGAUGGAUUGUGAGCAGCCUAUUUUCACCGCGCUGAGCGGCGGGGGGAAGCAGCAGCAGCAGCCGUCGACCUCCCCCGCUGCGACCACCGACACAGAGUCCGGGAUCUUCUCUGGAGAGUGUGAGCUCUGCGUGGAGCAUGAGUCGAAGCUGGACUGGUUCUGUGGCACCGAGCAGAAGCUCAUCUGCUCCCACUGCGCCACCGUUGGCCCCUGCCACGGACACACUGUGACCCCUCUGGCCACCAGAGUAACCGCAGUCCGGAACCAACUGGUGGAUGUGUGUGAGAAAAUACAGCUGCAGGCACUGAGGAUUGAGAGGUUUAUCGACCAGACACUGACAGCCAAAGAACACAAGCUUCAGACAGCGGCGAGCAGGGCGAGGGAGCAGGUCCUGGCUCAGGUCAGCGCAGUGCGUGAAGCCCUGGAGGAGGAGGAGCAGCGUCUCUUGGAGGGGGUGCAGAGAGAGGAGGAGCGGGUGGAGCAGUGUCUCCUCACCCAGAGAGCCCACUGGAGCCAGGCUUUGGCGAGUCUGUCGCAAACACGCUCCGGCCUAGUGCACACACUGACGCACACUCCAGACACACAGCUGGCGACUAGUGUCCAGGAGAUAGCUGAAAGGAUUGAGGAAGCAGAGGGGGUCGGGGAGCCCUGUGACACAGACCAGCUCAACCUGAACCCAGGUUGCAGUGACAGCAAGCUGCUCAGAGGUCUGUGGGCCACUGCAGUACUGCUGGGUCCGAACGCUCAUAGAUCAUCUUAUUUAAAGUUUGACGAGCGCACAGUGAGCCCUCUCCUCUCCCUGUCUGACGACUUCUGCACUUUGACCUUCGUAAACAAAAAAGCUCGCCAAUCCCCACGCUACGACCCAGCACGAUUCGACUGUUGGCCCAACGCGCUGGGUUCAGUGUCUGUGUCCUCCGGCACCCACAGCUGGAUGGUGGAUGUCGGCCAGAGUGCUGCCUUCAAGGUCGGGGUCUGCUACACCUCUCUGGAGCGCAAAGGCUCUGGGAACGAGGCCCGGCUGGGCUACAACAGUCAGUCUUGGGUGCUGUCUCACUACGACGGGGACUACUCCUUCUUCCACGCUGGGAAGAAGGUUCCCCUGCAGGUCGUGAGAAGACCCCAGAGGAUCGGCCUGCUGCUGGACUGGCCGACUCAGACGCUGCUGUUUUACGAGCCAGACUCCAGUGCCUUGCUGUACUCUUUCACACAUCCCUUCAGCGUCCCGCUGUUGCUGGCCUGUGCUGUGACUGACCGCAGUAUCACCAUACUGCACUGACACAACACCCACACUGCCCAAAAAACUAAAUUACCUUAAACAUGUGAAGAAAUGCCAGAAGGAGACGACUUUCUCUAAUGUAAAUAUAAAUCAGCAGCUAAAGAUCCUCCAUCUGUGCAAUUAUGACAGGCCUCACUUUGUAUUUAUUCUAUUUGCUUGUCUAUUAGUAGCUGCUGAUUCUUUUUUUUACUGUUUUUAAUAAUUUAAUAGAUCUGUCUGAUAUUUCUUCAUCUGUUGAUCAUAUUACACAGUAUUUCCUGACUGACGAUUGUUUAAAAAAAUGAAAUUUGCUGUUGUCUGUUUUUAAUAUGAUUGUUUUAAUCAUCAGUUUCAUCCCUGUAAUGAGGCCUCUGCAAGAGUCUUCAUAGACAAUGUUAAUUAUAGUGGUUGAUCCAGGACUGUUUUAAAUGUGUGGCAAACAAACUCACUACAAAUAAUUUUGCUCAGUAAACCACUUAUUGUAUUCUCUGUCUCCACAAUAGAUAUUUCCAUGAAUACACAAGGUUUCAUUUUGUAA